AUGGCAAUCUUGGGUUAUUCCGCUACACUCCAUUCAAACACAGCUUCCUACAUGAUCACGCUGUGUAGAAAGAUUUUGGAAUGUAUUCGAGAGGAGCGAAGAAGAAAUGAUGCAGCAGACAACUCGCUGAGUGAUGCUCACAAUAGUGAGGAGGAGGAGGAAUUGACUGUUCACAACACGACUGUGAUGAAGGGACUGAUUGAGGUCAUCGUCAUCUUGUGGUACAACAUCUCGUCACGACUACAGGAAAGUAAGCACAAGAAAAUAGAACAAGAUCUUCAGCAGAAAUUUUGCUUGGCAGUUCCUGAGAUGUUGAAAACAUUUGAGGACCCUGAGAUCUCCUUGGCUGUCAUUUUGUUGGCAGGUCACCUGCCCUCCAGUUCUGUGCCACUUCUCAGUCGUAGCUGUUUGUCCAAGCUUAAGAAGAUGACGUCGGACACAGAGGAGGCCCACUACGGCUGUCUGCUGGAGGCCAAGUGUAAGUGGAACAAACUGGACGAUCUAAUGGAACAAAUCCAGGAGUGGAUCUCAUCCGGCUUUAGGGGUGGAAAGAAGGAAAGCUCAGCCAAGAAAGGUAAAGACAAGAGGAAGUCGGUGACGUUUGCGGAGGAGGGGAACCAGUUUGGACCGGUUCUGGCGGUCCGUUAUCUGACGUAUCUCAUCACUCACCCUGUGUGUCGGGCGGCCAUUAUGACUCACCACACCGAGGGUUUACAUCAAAUACAGGAACUCCUACAUCAGUCUCUGGUAAGUACAACUCCUACAUCAGUCUCUGGUAAGUACAACUCCUACAUCAGUCUCUGGAUCACAUACAGAACAGAAUAG